GUUGUUGAUGUUGUGUAAGGGGGGAGACAGCAUGUCCUCCAGCUUCUUGUUGCUGCUGUAGGUUAUAUCGGGUUAAGUUGUGAACCAGCAGAUGUCGAUAAAACUGUAGAGGAAUCAUAGUGAGCUGCGUCGCUGUUCAUAGGAGAAAAAAGCCGCAGUGGUUUCUCAGUUUUUGCACGCUUUUAUGCUAGCUUACGUUAGCUUGGGCCUAGCAGGUGGCUAACGUGACAUUUCAGGAAAACUUCUCAGAUGACACAAGCUUUUGGCUGGUAAGUGUCCACUGGAAAAACAAAAAACAAACUUCCUCAUCACAAUGACACAUCAGGAAGGAGAGGGAUGGGGAGGCGCUAACCUGUCACCUCACCUGCACACGGAUGAGUGUAACGAACUAAUAACUCAGCUGAGGCAGUGCCACACGGAGCACAAUGUUAUGAAGUUCUUCGGCACGUGUAACGAUGUGGACCGUGCUAUGCGACAGUGCCUGAAGAAGGAGCGACUGGAAAAGCGAGAGCGCAGCAAGCAGCACGCACAAGAAAUGAGAAAGAGGCUGAAAGAAGGGCCCAAGGAGCGUCUCUGAAGGACACUGUGCUGUCACUUUGCCACUGGCGCUGAGAGUUAAACAUACUGGGACACUGAAUUAAGCAUGACACUGUGGAACAGGCUUUCUCUGCUGUUUCUGCUGCAGGAUAGAGGAAGAGUUUCUUUGUAAGUAGCGUGGGUUGUAGUGGCAUUAACAGGUAUUGUGUAAAAAUGUACAUCAACUUCGUGCAAGGUGGUGCUAUUACUAUAUAUUAUUUCUUAUGACUAUUAUAAUGAGAUCUGAGAGAAACAUGAGUAACUUGUUGGGAUCAUAUAUCUGCAACGACAACCCCGAAAAACACAUUAUGGACCUUUUUUUUUUUUUAUCAUCUGCACAGACUGAAACUCACAGUGUUACCAAAGCAUUUAGGUCAGCAUAAAAACAACAGCAGGUAGUACUUAGGAUUAAAGAUUGCUUCUGGGUAUCAUCAGUUAUUUGCCCUCUAUUAGCCACACGCCGCUGCUCCAUCAAAGAGAUUAGUGUAGCUGUUAGCAAAACUCUUUCAGCCAACCAUUGUGUCUGUUUGCAGGACCCCUCAGGAAUAUUCUGGUACCUGAAAACUAUUCAUGAAAACAGGGAGGGCGACUCUCGGUGCUCAUGUAAACAGUCGCCGGCUUUUUGUUUGAAAGUUUGUUUGAAAUGGGAAUCAUAUUGAUUCAGGAUUAAUCCUUUUCAAAUAAAGUGAAAUUAUCAGUCGUG